AUGCCACCUCGGGUACGCUCCGCCAGAUUUGCCUGCUCGUCCACAAUCGCCCCCUCACGUCCUAGCUCGUGCCCGUCAGCGCGGCCACAACAUAUCACAUUGCCUCUACAGCCAUCACGGCAAUUUUCACAUACCCCAUGCCACCAAGUCACAUUACGGCGGCGGAAGUUCUACGAAUGGAUGAAUGGACCGGGCCGGGCAGUGAAGGACCCUCUACCAGGUUCCACCAAUUACCUAGGAGCAUACGACAAGUAUGGUAAUCUAGUUCGGGCAGGUCCGGGAUGGCGGAGAGGCGGAGAUGCAGCAUCUCAGACUCAAUCGCAGUCUGCGAAUCCAGAGUCCAAGGAUGAGAAGGCCGCCGAGGGAGCUGCGCCAUCUGGCCAAGAAAACCUCGACGACCUGGAAGCAGCAAUACGGACAGGCGAGGCUGAAGCUCGAGAUGCUAAGCCAUCGAAGAAGUCACAAGAGGACGAGAAUAAGCUGCCACCAGAAACCGCGGAAGAUUUGCGCCCGUUUCCAAUAAAUCCAUAUUUUCGCAGUCAGCCAGUGCUGAGUGAGGAGCUGCGGGAAGCAAUAUACCAGCGAGUUAAGAAGGAUGGCGCAACCGUAUCGCUUGCUAGUGUCGAAUUCGGUGUCAGCAAUGAGCGUGUUGGCGCUGUUGUGCGGUUAAAGCAGAUGGAAAAGGAGUGGAUUGCAAAGGGCAAAACCCUCGCCACCCCUUACAGCAAAGCCGUCCUUUCCAUGCUCCCAACAACUCCCCACGUCGAUAGCUCUGACCCCAAGAAUAAAGGCAAGCGCCCCAUUACGCACGAGCCCAUCAAUGACCUCAUUGUCCACCCCGCGACGCGUCAACAACUCUUCGUUCCCGUAGCCGAGUCCCGCCGGUUUACGCGCGUCGAUGCGGGCAAAGCUUUUGACAACGACCUCAUGCCAGCCGACUUGCGCAUUCCACACCCGGAACUCGUUCAGGCGGAACGCGAACUUGAGUCAGGUCUCUCAUUUGACGAGCGUCGGAAGCUCGCCGAAGAGCGCUUCGAAGCCGAGGCGGCUAAGAAGGCUGCUGAGCAGAGGAAAAAGGAAGAGGAGCUGCGGAGUUUGAAGGUCAUUCCCCAACGGAGAUGGGAUUUCGUAUUCAAGGAUGUCAGGGUUGAAAGCGCUGGGAGGGAUGGCAAUGGUACCGAGGCGGCAGGUUGGAGAUAUGGGGUCCCGCACCAGGAUAGGAAGAGGGGGGUUCCCAAGAUUCCUACGAGGGUGGAGGCGUAG